AUGGGCACGGGCUACCACGGCCUGCAGCUGAACGACAACGUGGAGACCAUCGAGGACGAGAUCCGCCGCGCCAUCUUCGAGGCCGGCGCCAUGCGCGAGUCCAACUUCGAGGACCUGGGCAAGAUCGACUGGGCGCGCAGCAGUCGCACGGACAAGGGCGUGCACGCCGGCUGCAUCGUGUUCUCCGGCAAGCUGCUCAUUGACGAGGAGAACAAGGUGGACCCAGUCUCAGGCCGCGUGCGAGGACUCACGGAGGCGCUCAACGCGUCGCUGCCCGACAACAUCCGCGUGUUCUCGUGUACGAGAGUGAACAAGCGCUUCUCGGCGCGCAAGAACUGCGUGCUGCGUGAGUACGAGUACUUCAUGCCGCUCUCGUUCUUGAAGGACAGCAUCAUUGGCUCGGAUGCAGCGGACUUUGACACGGACGAAGCGAUCGCAGAGUUCUGCCGCGCGCUCCGUCGUUACGAGGGAGUGCACGACUUCCACAACUUCACGCGCUCGAGGUCGUAUUUCUACAAGAUGCAGGCAAAGCGGAAGCAGUGGAAGAUGGAGAAACAGAGGAAUGCUGCCGAGGCCCAGGCCAGUGCUGACGACGUGGUCGAAGCAGAGGAUGUUGAUGAUGAUGACGCGGAGGACUCUACUGCUGUUGACGACUACUCCGAGGAGUCCAGUCAGUUUGAAGAUGAAGAGGGAUUGACUCGCAAGCUGCUGACUCGCCACCGCCGAUCGAUUUACUCCUGCUCUGGAAGCCUCGUACCGGAUUUCUGCGGCGAGCCACACUUGCGUGUCCACAUUGUCGGCCAGGCUUUCCUGCUGAACCAGAUUCGAUGCAUGGUGGGCGGCGCCCUGGCCGUGGCGACGAAGGGCAUGUCCCGAGUUGCGUUCGAUGCUGCUUUGUUGACGAACCGUAUUGUGCGUGUGCCGAUCGCGCCAGCAGAGGGCCUCGUCCUCCUUAGCAGUUCGUUCGGAGGCAAGCUUCACACGGUCUCUCUGUACGAGGAUCCCAACACGACACUUGCGAAGGAGCGCAAAGACCUGGUUCACCGGAUCCUCUUGAACCGCCAGGAGGACGAGGAGAUGACGAAGUUCCGCGAAGAGGUGAUCUACAAGGAGAUUGCGAGUAGCUGGAACAUGGAAGAGAAGAUGGACCGCUGGCGCGCCUACCUCGAACGCUGCUACGAGUCGAACCAACGCCUGGACGAAGACGAGUUGUCGGGCGUGCUAUACGAGCUGGACCAAGCCAAGCUUGCCAGCAAGAACAGGAACCAGUCGUACGUUGAGCAGAACCGUCUCGAGCUCACUGAGAAGGGGCGUCAAGGCGCGUUGCUGCCGAAGCAGUUCACAACGAAGCUCUGCGUUCGGUACAGCGUGGCCCCCGGCAUCUUCACGUCCGACCUGCGUCGUGCUGUCACACGGCACUUGAAGUCGGGCAAGAUUCCGCUCGACGCGGACGAAGAUCAGAUCAUGGCCUACAUCGACAACUACGGCCCGGAGACCCUCGCCAAGGAGGGGCGCAAGCUGCGUCUCAGCAUCCGGACGUUCUCUCCCUUGGUCGCAUUUACGGAGACGUCAGCAGGUAGCAAGCGGAUCGACCCAGCGGCAUCCUCUCCACUCGACACAAUGGUACGAGCGCCACGAGCUCUUGCUCUCGAUACCUGCAGCAGCUCUAACGCCCCCACUGCUGCUGUACGACAGUUCGGCGCCGGCUUCGGUGGAGACGGAAACCCUUUCGGCUUGCAGUUCAACUUCGGCGGCGACUUCCCGCAGCGGUUCGACGAGCACUACCGGGUGUACCCGGUGUCGUUCUGCGACAAGGCGCACUUGGAGGAUGGAGACAAGAUCCUGCUCCCGCCUUCUGCUCUCGAGACGCUGGCGCGUCUGCACAUCGAGUACCCGAUGCUGUUUAAGGUGACGAACGAGGGAGUGGAGCGCUCCUCGCACUGUGGUGUGCUGGAGUUCAGUGCCCCCGAGGGCAGCUGCUACAUGCCGUACUGGAUGAUGCAAAACCUUUUUGUGAAGGAGGGCGGUAUUCUGAAUAUUCAGAACGUUUCGCUGCCAAAGGCGACGUUCGUGAAGCUGCGACCGCAGUCGCAGGACUUCCUCGACAUUUCCAACCCCCGCGCAGUACUGGAGGGCUCGCUUCGAAAGUUUUCGUGUAUGACUAUCGGCGACACUAUUUGCCUCAAGUACAACAACAAAAAUUACAUGUUGGAUGUUCGCGAGGUAAAGCCCACGCCCGCCGCGUGCAUUAUCGAGACUGACUGCGAAGUUGAUUUCGAGCCCCCUGCGGACUAUGUCCCGCCUGUGCCUCCGUCUGCAGCUGCAGCUGCUCCCCCCGCGGCCCCUUCGGAAAUCCCCUACGGAGGUGUUCCGACAAUGAAGACAGAAGACGUCAAGCCGACCCGCCUUGGUGGCGCUGGAUUUGGUGGGCUGCGACUCAAGAAAAGUGGCGAGAAGAGUUCAACAGACGCAGACGCGCUCCGUUCCGCCCGCCUGCGCAAGUACGAGGCGUUCCAUGGUACUGGACACUCCCUCAGCGGGAAGGCAUCCACGUUCGGUGGUGCUACGUCGGGUGGUACUCGACUGGGAGGAAGCAGCAACGGGGGCUAUUCGCUCGGCGGAGGCAGCAGCGCUACGAACGGCUCGACUACUGGCAGCAAACCAAGAAACUCCGUGGGCCAUCGUCUUAAUGGUGAAGCAGUGGCCAUGGACGGUGAAGAGCAGGAGGAAAGAGAUGAAGAAAUGAAGGAGAGCGAGGAUCGCAAGGGUGUGGUCCCGUUCCAGGGUCAAGGUCGGCGGCUUAGGUAGAUGUACGAUCAACACUAUGGCAUGCCAGAGUGGACCUCUGGCCAAGGAAAAACAUAAUGCUGAAAUGCAAUGUCCACGCAUUUUCAGCCUUCCG